AUGGCUUGCGUGUCAGAUCUACACAUUGACUCGUACGAUGUCAUCUUUGCGAACGGUGGCCACGUUUGCUUGCGGUACAGCGCAUCAGGAAGCCACGAUGGUGAACCACACAAUGGUAUGAAGGCAACUGGCAACAAAGCAGCCUGGCAUGCUGCUGCCAUCUUCGAGGUGGAAGACGGAAAGAUCAAAGGCUGGACCAAGGAGUGGGACAAGCUGCACAUGUGGAAGCAGCUCGGCUGGAUGGAGGGAGACGAACAUGCCGAGAUGCCACAAACCUGCGGAGGUCCAGCUCAAUCUGCACACGCUCGUUCACAUGCAUAUGGUGGAAGGACUCGCACGUUGUAG